AUGGGCGGAGAAAAGGGCAAAGGCCGAGGAAAGUUCAAAGGCCUCUGGGAUGUUUGGGCGGGGCAGUGGAAUGUUGACGAAGUCAGCCGAAGGAUCACGAAGCUGCUCCGGCAUGGGAGAGACCUCUCAGAGCAAGAAAAGGUGCAGCAGAUCAGCGCGGCUGGGUGGUCUGCCGCAUCUUUCGCGCUGCGGUGCCUCAACAUCAUCCCAGAUCAAACAACGGAUGAGCUGCUAGUGAGAGCGGCAAAUGAGUCUGGAGGGCGUCUGGAGGCCAACUGGACGUCAUUGGGGCUCUACAUCUGGGCGCGUCAUAGCUGGAGUCUUCCCCACGUGAGGGAAGGAUUACCCCUGGCGACUUCGGAACAAGAGUCCUCUGUUUUGUUCCACGGAACAUCGUGUAUCGCCUGGCAAGGGAUCUUGGGGUCUGGCGCUCUGGUCUCAGAGGCGACCCUGCACAGAGGUCAUGGUAGGACCGAUGUGCACUUUGUUCGACAACCAGAAGCGAUCAAAAAGGGAAGUGAAGUGAUGAUCUGGAUUCCCACCAGGUUGUUGGGUCGGAUCGCCCUGAGAGCCCAGCAUCCUGUCUUCGCGAAUGAAAAGGCGAUUUACUUCAGCUUUCCAUUACCAGUUGGGGGUAUGUGGAAAGUUACAGCCGUGGAUACAAAGGAAGUAGUCUGGACAAAUGACGCCAUGACACCGAGCAGAGCAGACACGCCGCAAAGCGCCCCUAGGGCAGCGGACCAAGUGGUCGCGCCUCAGGCAAGUAAUGCAGGUUCAAGGGCCAGAGAAGAGAGCCCAGAAUCUUAUGAAGAAGGAGAGUCGUCGUAUGACGAUGAAGAUGAAAGCGAAGCAAAGAAGAAGCCAGGAGAGAGUUCCGCCGAAGGCUCAGAGGAGGCGGCAGGUCCUGGAGCCGCUGAGGCUACAGAAAAAGGGGGUGGAGAACGCCCGGGACCGGCUUUUCCACUGCCGACAGAGCCUAAAGCAGGGCUGCCGAAAGUAGCUGCUGCGGCCAGUGCCGGGACCAGUGCCGAAAGGGAUUCGCCUCAGGAGGACAGGGCGCGGACUGAUGACCGUUCGGUGGUGCCAGAGAAGCCGAUAGGCGCAGGACCAAUCCGAACAAUCGAGCUGCUGCGAAGUGCUACCGAGGCGCAAGAAUGCGCAGUGCAAGUGCUGACCUCUUGUGCGGCCGAGAGCGCCAAGAAGGAAGUCAUGGUUCGGCUCACGGCGUACGCCAUCGACCGGCCGGAGUUGUUCGGAGCGCUAAAAGUAGCGCAAGAUAGAGGAUGCGACGUCGAGGUGUAUGUUGAUAAGUCGCAGACCGGACGAACCACAGAGCAGAAAAGGUUGGUGCACCAGGCAAGGUCCCAAGGCUUGAAGAUCUUCAUUGCAAAUGGGGAAAGCCUGGGACCGCACUAUGCGGCAGCAGGGCGGACGCGUUACAACUUCUGUGGAGCAUUGCAUGGAAAGACCCUAAUGGUCAAGAAAGGUGACCAACUGGAGCUCAUUAUCGGCUCCAUGAACUGGACCACUGCUAGCCGGGGAAACCAUGAGAUUGGACUUCAUUUGACAUUAG